AUGCCGUGGCUGUUUGGGCGACGCAGCGGGAAGGCCGCCAAAUUAAAAGAGGGUCGACCCGCGGCCGCUGCCCAAGAACAGGCAACCGCACCAGCAAGAGCCACCGAGAGUCUGCGACGGCGACCCAGUCAGCGCAGUGCUCGCCGUCGGAGGGGCAGCUCGCGGUCGACGGCCUCGAUGCAGAUUACGGAGACGGCCCUGUCUGCUGCAAACCCCUUCGCUACGGUGUCAGACGCACACCCACCCCCACACCCGCGCCCUGGCACCAGCGUCGAGAACAUAACGGCGCUGCCUGAACAACGUCGCCUCGAACACAGUCCGCACCUGCGCCCCAUCCUCCAGGAACACGGCGGCAUUCCCUACCCUCCAAACGCCCACCACUCCCAUGCCAGCCUGCCGCCACCGCCGCCUGCGCGUACCAGAGGCAAGCUGCAACGCCCGCAGUCCCUACGCAGGGAUCCCCCAACCGAUUCCGCCCUGGUUCGCCGAAUUUCUAGUAGGCGUCGGAAAGACCACGACCCCGUCCGCGAGGAGCAAAUCCGUGCCAUGAGCAUCCCGAUGCCCCAGAAGCGACCAGCCGGCCAUUCGGGCGCCAUGCAACGACGAGACAGCAAAAAAGUCAAAGGCGGCCCCAACCAACGCUUCGACAGACCCUCCUCCCAUGUCUCCCUGCCCUUUGAAGACUCCAUUCACUCCUCCAUGUCGGGCAUCUCCGAGACCCGCGCCUUCCGCGUGAGCACCCUCGACAUGUUCUCGCCCCGCCCCACGAUUCGCUACUCCCUGGGCUCCCAGUAUCACGCCGCCGGCCGCUCUUCACCCAACACAGGCGGCGAGAAGAAUGACUCCCGAAGAGAACGCCGACCACUGAGCAGCAGAGAGGACGUGCAAACGAAGCGUUCGAGCAGAAUCGACGACCUUGCCGACACACUAGACGCCGGUGCACUGCGCGAAAUCAUGGAAAGGGACAAACGGCGCCGGGAAAAGAAGCUCAAGGCCGACCACGAGCGUCUGCGACGGAGGCUCGAACGACGUGCCGAGAAGCAACGAGCCGCAGAGGUAGGCGGUACCCCAGGCACUCCGCGCAAAGAGGCCAUCGGUGCUGUUGGCCUGGGCAUCGAAGAGGACUUGUCGACGCCCAUGGACGACGUUCGUCCAUCGACUCCACCCCAGCAGCCGCGAUGGUUGGAAACGCUGCCUGUGACGCCAAGAUCUCCCGGAAACAACCAAUUACCCACUCCCCUUGAAAGUCCCGUGGACGAACCAGUCGUGUCUGAUGCUCGGGCCGUGCGAUAUUCCCGUGGCAGUGUAUCCGCCCAAGUGCACGCCCGCGGGCCGUCGAAUGUAUCCGAAUUGCCAGACCUCAUCUCUGAUAGGCCUGCACACGAGGACCCCUUUGCGUCUGCGGAACAGAUUCAUGACCCCACGCGAAGUGGCUCGCUCCAUCCGGUCGAAACGGCGGACACGAAUUUGAUUUCCCAAGGAGGUUCGAGUCGACGACGCAGCUCAGAAGGCAAGCGCAUGGGCGUCUUCGCAUCGCUGUUCAGACGGGGCAAGCGUGGCUCCCAGGACCGAGGCCGAAUCACCCCUUCUGAAGUCUCCUUUUCAAACACUUCCCGAGAGUCCAUGUCCCGACAGCCCCUUCCCGCUCAUCUGGUUGGAACGAUGCCGGGUACACCACCCAUCACUAUUCGUAGGCCAUCGAGCGUGCCGCGCCGCACAAUGUCCAAGUUCAGAGAGGACUUACCAGAGUUUCCGCUGUCGCCGCCUGACUCUCGUGUCCAAUCGCCAGAAGUUUCUUCGGUUGGCCCGCUUGCUGCUCGCCGAAGCCACCAAGCGCCUUCCGAUCUUAGGGUUCAGUCGGUGAGCUCGCAAUCGGGGCUCCGAUCAGACUCGCCCGUUAGCCCAGGACUACCUGUUGGCAAUGCCAUGUCUCAGUCUCUUGCCUCGGUGGACUCGGAAGGGUCAUGGUUAUCUGGAAGACCCUUGAAGCGAGCGUCAAACAAAUCGCAGGUUCAUUCCAGCAUGACCUCUUCGGGUCUGCAACGGAACGACGACUUCAAUGGAUCCUACGAGGAGCUUGGCAUGGCUGAUGAUGAGUACUUCAAAAAACUUAGUCCUGUCUCUGACGAGCACUCGAGAUACGCCCACUCGAACGACAUCUUGGGCCGAAAGGCUAGCAGCACGUUGAUGGCCCUUGAUGUCGCGGCCGAAUCCGAAGAAGAGACAGAGCCGGCGGCGGUGGUGGCGGAGGACGAGGACGAGGAGGAGGAGGAGGCAAAGAUUGCCAGCGAAACCGCAGAGGUGGUCAAGAGCAGUAUCGGGCGUCAACCUACCAUUGUACAUCGCCAAGCCCGAGUCAAAUCUGCUGAAGGUUUACUGAGCAUGUUUGCCGACGCACCAACACCUUCGCAAGAUCCUUUUCGCGACGACGGGGCCAAUGGCGCGGCUGAAAGCCCAGACUCACCAGCUUCAGAUGGUGAGCCGAUGUUGUUACAGCGGGCUAAGAGUAUCGAUCUUGGAAGGCAGCAUGUCCGUCAUCUCAGCGCCGGCUCUGCCAGGCUCUUGGAUAUCCAGAAGCGAUAG